AUGAGAGUCGACGCUGCAGGCACCCUGAAACUGAUGGACACCAAGCUCCGGGAAGAAGCAGCGGUGAAAAGUCAGAGGAUCCGCCGUCUGCUCUCGAAGCCCGAAACUCUGAAAAAGAACAUCAUUCCGGUUCUGAUUGAGUCUACUGAAAUUCCCCCAGUUUUCGAUCCCGUUGUGAGGUUAUUGGUCAAUGUCACUACGCCGUUGGAGGAUCUGGUCGAUGCGGAGCGAUGCAACCAAAAUAAAAAUGGAAGGAACCUUUUGAAAAGAUUGUCGAAAACGUCAUUGGAGAUAAAAAAGACUUUCCUUGAUUAGCGAACCACUCAAGCUGUGGUGAAGUCAAUCAAGGCCAAAGUUACCAAGGAUAUCGAAAAUGGUUCUCUCAGCACUGCCGAAGUUGCGAGUGUAUGUCUGAACCUGACUUUGGUUCAAAAUCUUCUCUACGUCCCUGAUGCGCCCCAGUGCAACCGAUUCCGAGUGAACGAACAGAACCUGAAGACAUGGAUCGAGAUCAAGAACAAAAUCGCUUGGAAUCUGAUAAUUCACGGACUUGAGGGGGUCCUCAUCCUCAUGAUAAACAGCGUCCACAAGGAAUCCUGGGCGCUGACUAUAGUCCAGAUCAUCUCAUUCAUUUUCAAAGAUCAAGAUGUAGCGGUCCUCCAGAAGCAGCUCGGGGAAUGCCUCGUUCCGCUUGAAGAAAAUUCUUCGGCAGAAGACGAUUCCUCCAAAUCCAAGAGCAGUCUCAACGAAGAUUCGAACGGGAGCGAUGUGCUUACAGAAUUGAACGAGGGCGAGAAGAAAUGCGAUACGGCGAACGAAAUGAAUCGUUGCGGCAGACUCACGGCCAAAGAGAUCCAACAAGCGAACGCAACUCGAGAGAAGAAGACCGAGAGUGAAGGGGCGGGGUCGUCGAGCUCUUCGGGCAAUCAAGACGAUUCUGGCUUCUCUCAAUGCGAUUUCAACUCGUCGAGUCCGGAAUCGUGCGAUUCCCACGGAUCAUCCUCGAAAGAGUCGAAUGCCUUCAAGGAUCGCAGCAAGCCUCCGGCCAAAGCUGAAGAGUCGGCGCAAGGUCCAAGAGAGCAAACGUCGAAUUCCGUGACAAGGACAGGCAGCGAAUCGAAGAAAGCAAACUCGCCGCAUUCUUCGUCGGAGAGCGCCAUGUCCUACUCGUCCAAUGGACAAUUCUCAUCAUCUGGCUCCGACAAUGAUGCAUCUGAUGCCCACACGAAGGGACAUAUCAAACAUCCGCAUCACAAAGCAUCGUCGAAGCACAGAGCAAUGCACUCGAAGGACAGUCCUUCGAAUUCGGACUCUUCCAUGGAACCGGAUGUCCAAAAUAGGAGUCUGAAGCUAAGAACGCAUUCGUCGCGUAAAUCAUCCUCGGCGAUCAAUAGUAUGGGCCGUGCUCACAAGUAUCCGUGCACUGCCAGCGUGUGUCUGGAUGCGGCGAAGUCCGCAUGCAGAAACUCCGCUUCAGCUCGCGAUGUUCUGUGGGAGAGGAAAAAACGCUUGAUGCUCCGAGACGCCUCAGCCGAAGUUCCCAGUCAAGACGAAUUCAGCAAUUUGCUCGCUACGUUCACGGUGGCUUUCCUCCACAGCGGCUUCUCCGCCCUCGUGGUGACUCUUCGUCAAAUCUACAUCAGCACCAAAGGACGCCAUGUGUUCAACAUCAGCUGGCUGAUAGCGUACUUCAUGAGAUUGUCAGUCGCCGUGGAGCUCCCCUUUCAUCAUAUCCGAGCGCUGUUGACGCCGGAAAUCGUGGGUCUUCUAGUCUACGAAGCGGUGAAUUCGCAUCGAAACCACAACGAUAGUGGGGGUUUUCCCGAAUCUGACCGUCGCACCCAUCAAUGCCUGAUUAAGGCGAUUCGUGAAUUGAUAUGCUCCGCGGAUCAAUUCUGUUACAAGGAGGAUGUUCUUCACAUUUUGGCGCCCAUAGUGCAAAUGGAGGACCUAAGACACAGCCUGUUGUACUUCAUACGGAAGCCGGUGGAACCCAGGUUGGCGAUCCUAUCAGACGCUAUCGCAGCGAACCACCAUCUGAUGAUUCUGAUGGACUGGUGCAACCGGCUUCACGAUAUCCAGUUAGACGUUCGCCAGCAUCUGCAUUUGUUUGCGAAUCGAGAGGUCAUGGAUAGCUACAGUGACGUACUACAAAACUUUCGAAAUAAUUGCGCAUUCGUGAAUCAUUGCGUACUGACAAUGAUGCAACACGUUGCCGUCGACUUGGACGAUCCGGGAACCUUGCUAACACCCAAAACCCUCUGUUGUUUCGUGGAGCUUCUGAAUGAGCCACAGAUUCAGAUUCCAGAGCGCUUUGGGGACUUCAUGAACGCGAUGAUCAAUCGUUACCUCAAGUUGAAUAGACAUCCGCGUCCGUCGACACCCGGCUGCGGCAGUGAACAGAGAUCCCUGGACGGACAGAAUUCCAACACCAACAAUUCAGAAUCCAAUAUGUCCACGGAUUCGAGUUCGAACGGCAGCACCUCAAGUCUCAACCGCAAGAACCCGAACAACCACGGCGACUCGAACGAUCGAGAAGACGACGCGUUCGAGAACGAGCCAGAACAAAAGAAGAACCUGCAGAAACUGCUCGAAUGUUAUCAGAAAUUCUCGAAGAACGAAGAUCCCAUAGGAUCCGUGAUCGAUCACUAUAGGGAGAAAGGAAUUCAUUUGGAACGGGACGAGAUCUUGGAGAAAGUGAUGCACCUCCAAAUGGAAUCGCAUCGUGAGCAAAUGAUCUCCAACGACAUCAAUCAACUCCUGUUCGAGACCGAAGACUCGUCCAGCUCUCAGGGUUCGAACACCAGUUUCGAUGGAAGACCGAUGAGAAGUUGCGCUUCGGAGUCCGACAACGACACCUCGAAUAGCGGAAGACCCCGGCCUGAGCUGAGCUUGGAGGCUAUUCUCGAGAACCUGACCAAGCAAGGGAGGGCCUCGGACGUGCUUUGGAUCCAGAAGGUCCUCCUUGAGAUGACCCACAUCAAGCUGAUCAACCAAUACAAGCGACCGUCGAUGCAUUCUCCAGUGGAAGCUAUAUCGAUGUAUAGUUUCUUGUUGGAUCGCGACACGCCGGUGGUUGACUUCACCUGCCAGCAAUCCCAAGCUCUUCACAGCGAGACGUUCUUAUCGCUCGUUUACCAGGUCGGCUUGAAAGUCAGUCCGCAGAAACAGAUCAGUGCUCCGCGAGAGCUCUCUCUUAAGCAGCUUGUAGAGAACGCCAGUAAACUCUCGCUUUCGACCGAAACAGAUGGACUGCUCAGCUUCACGGCGCAACUCGAGGGACUCGCAUACGACAAUGAGCCCUUCGCAGACGUAUCGCCGGAAGAGUAA